UUGGCGUCUUGUCUGCAAGUGAGGAGAACAUUUUGCCGACAGAGGGUGCUGAAUCUCUGACAAGGGAAAGGCAUCAAUUUCCUUACUAAUACGUCUUGUUAUCUGACUGAAAUUCCAAGAUCAAAUGGAGACGAUAGACAAUUCUCUACAACAGGUGGACCUAAGCCCUUCCAGUGAGGAUGCAUUGUCACCUAAAAUGGAUUUAGAGACUGCAUUGAAGGGAUGCUCCACCGCCCUCGGUUUUUUUCUGAACAACAGGUUUGCUGAUGCGUUGGCUCUCUUAAAACCCUGGAGAAAUCAGAGCAUGUACCAUGCGAUGGGCUACAGCAGCAUCUUGCUGAUGCAGGCAGGCAUGACCUUUGACCCACAUGACAUUGAUGCUGCCAUGGCAUCAUUGAGGGAAUCCCUGCAGACAUGCCAAAGAUUUCGGAAGAAAACUGGAAUAGUGCAGACUUUAACCAGCCUAUGGUAUAGACAACCAGUUGAGGACCUGACAGAAGAAGAGAUGCAUGCAGAGCUGUGCUACGCUGAAGUUCUCCUGCAGAAAGCAUUUCUCACGUUCCUGGAUGAGAGUAUAAUUGGCUUCAUCAAAGGAGGGAUGAAAAUCCGAAAUAGUUAUCAGAUUUACAAGGAUUGCCAGGCAUUGGCAAAUGUCACAAAAGACACUGAAAAGCAGAAGAGCACACACAUUCAUUUCAGGGGCGGUGUCAACAUGGGAAUUGGAUCAUUUAAUCUGAUGCUGUCUCUGCUUCCAUCCAGAGUCCUCAGACUGAUGGAGUUUCUGGGCUUCUCAGGAGACAGGGAAGUGGGUUUGUCAGAGUUGAGAGAGGGAGCAGCCAGCAACAGCCUGCGUUCUAUCCUCAGCACCCUGACUCUGCUGAUGUUUCAUCUCUACAUUACAGUCAUUCUGGGUACUGGUGAGGGAAACCUCACUGAAGCUGAAGCUUUGCUGGAGCCCUACAAGGAAAAGUUCCCUAAUGGAGCCCUAAUUCUCUUCUACACUGCAAGAAUUGCUUUGCUCAAAGGAAACAUCACCUUUGCCCAGGAGAAGUUCCUGGCAUGUAUCGCAGCACAGGAAGAGUGGCGUCAGAUUCACCACCUGUGUUCCUGGGAGCUGAUGUGGGCCUACUCCUUCGAACUAAAUUGGAGGGAGGCGUAUCGAUACGCCGACAUACUCUGCAAAGAGAGCAAGUGGUCGCAGGCUGUCUAUGUGUUCCAGAAAGCUGCCAUCCUGAGCAUGCUACCAGAGGAAGAAGUGACUGAACUGGGAGAAGAUGUUGUGGAGUUAUUCAGGCAGGUGGAUGGUCUCAGACUGAGGAUUGCUGGGAAGUCUAUUCCAACAGAGAAGUUUGCAGCAAAGAAGGCUCAGCGAUACUCUUCUUCUAACCCUGUGAAACUAGCCGUCCCUGCUUUGGAAAUGCUGUACGUAUGGAAUGGUUUCACAGUAGUCGGCAAAAGACCUGAUUUGACAGAAAGCAUAUUGACCAUAUUGGAGAAAGCAGAGGAGCAGCUCAGAGAUGAUCCAGACCCAUCAGAGUAUCACGUGGAUGACCAGUGUGUUGUCCAGCUGCUGAAAGGCCUGUGUUUAAGACAGCUGGGACGUCUGGUCCAGGCUGAGUCCUGCUUCAAUCAUGUCAUUUCCAGAGAAAAGGAGAUCAAGCAUGACAACUACCUGGUGCCAUAUACCAUGUAUGAGCUGGGCCUGUUGCACAAACAAAAAGGUGACGUCAACGCCGCCAUCACUGUGAUAGAAAAUGCAAAGAUGAACUACAAAGACUACAACAUGGAGUCGAGGCUGCACUUUCGCAUCCAUGCAGCGCUCAACACCAUGGGCUCUUUUUCAGCCAAACUUCCCCCUUCACGUACACCAGCUUGAAAGACCUCAUGCAGGAAGCUCAACAAAAAUCAGAGUGCUAAACUUGUCUCGCAACCCUGUUUGCUGCCUUCAGCUCUGACCAUACAUGAAAUCCUUCAGAUGGGCAUCUUGCUGUUGGCCACUUGAUAAUUGUAUACAUGUAUAGCAGCUCUGAGUUGCAGCCCUGGUGUGGUUUUGUACUAAUUCUGAAAUUAUUAUUUUUUUCGGGGGGAAAAGAGCAAGAACAGUGAAGUAGACAGACUGUGCAGGUAACUUGGUAUGAAUGACUUGAAAAUUACUUUAUUUCAUUUGAUAUUAAAACAAUGUACAUUUUUUAUUUUAUUUUUUAGAUGUAUAUCAAAACAAUUUUUUUGUAAAUAACUGUUUGUAUACCCUUUUAUUCUGUGCGCUAUGAAUGCUGUCUGCUUUGGUCAGUGGUACUAACUGAAUAAAUGUUAUGACUCAAA